CGUUUUCAUUGGACAGAGCGGGGGACAGGAUGACAGCUGGCAGGUAAACGGCGAGAAUGUUGGUCCCUGCGGGAUAAUGAUGAAAAAGAGACUGUGGCGAGUUGUGUCAGUGACAGUGUGCCUACUUGUGUUUUUACCGUGUUGGCACCCCACUAAAAAUGUUGGCUGCACAGAGCAGCCCCCAGAGGCUCAGAGCCUGCCUGCACCUGCUCAGGACAGCAGUACAGAGGAAGACCCAGGCGACAAGUCCCAUCACAGGGGUGUUGUUCAGGUAGAGGAGGGCUGGGGGUACCAGUAUGUCCAGUACCUAUCUGAAGAGGUGGUGCUGCCAGAGGGAGAGGAGGUGGAUACACAGCAGCAGGGCCUAGCAGAGGGGGAUGUGGUGGAGACUCCAGGCACAGAGGUGGAGGACAAGGAGCAUGUCAAGACGUUGGACCUGGAGGAUUCUGUAGCAGAGAAGGAGCCAGAGACCACAGAACCAGAGGCCGGUACAGAUGCUGAGCAGCCACCUCCAGAGGCCAUUGUCACCCAAGGGCAGCAGCCAACCCCCACCUCUGACCUGUCCCCUCCACCCUCUGCCCCUGCUUUCAAUCCCAUCCCUGAAGAGCCGUCCAGCACCCCUAGCUCAUCCUCUAGUGUACCAGAGGAAACUGUGUCUGAUGUCCCUGUGUCAUACUCCAGCGAUGCUGAUCUGGCCAUAGAUGACUGUGAAGCUGGAGAAACCAACCCCUUUGACAGCACCCUCACCAGUCUUCCUGUUGUGCUGGAGAACACAUCCAAUGCCCUGGGAAAGGGCACCAAGACCGACAUAGUCCCCCCUCUGGCCCAGGCAGGUCAGGCCUCAGUGGGGCUGGCUCAGGGGGCCAACACAUCCCACAUGCUCAACGAACAGGACUUGAGCUCACACAUCACCACAGAGACAGAUCCCAGCGUGGCAACCAAGGAUCCGGAGGACAACCCCACCUUUGACGAGUGGAGGAAGAAAAUGAUGGAGGUGGAGAAAGAGAAGACUCAGGCCACUCAUACCUCCACCAAUGGCGGCUCCCACGCUGUAAAGAAGGUGCAGAAGAACUUCAACAACUAUGCAUCGGUGGAGUGUGGGGCAAAGAUCCUGGGUUCUAACCCAGAGGCUAAGAGCACUUCAGCCAUAUUAAUGGAGAGCAUGGAUCAUUACAUGUUAAAUCCCUGCAGCAACAAGAUCUGGUUCAUCAUCGAGCUGUGUGAUCCCAUCCAGGUGAAGCAGUUGGACAUCGCUAACUUUGAGCUCUUCUCUUCCACACCCAAAGAGUUCUUGGUCUCCAUCAGUGACAGGUACCCGACCAACAAGUGGGUGAAGCUGGGCACUUUUCAUGCUCGGGACGAGCGCACUGUUCAGAGUUUCCCUCUGGAUGAGCAUCUGUAUGCCAAAUAUGUCAAGAUGUUCACCAAGUACAUAAAGCUGGAGCUGGUCUCUCACCAUGGAUCUGAACACUUCUGCCCUCUCAGUCUCAUAAGGGUGUUUGGAACGAGUAUGGUGGAGGAGUAUGAGGAGAUCGCUGACCCCCUCGACAGACCAGACGACCAGGAUGACGACCUCGAUUAUCCUCCUGGAUAUGUUCCUGUAGAGGACGAGGCUUCAAAUGACCUCAUAGGAUCAGCCAAGGAUGUCAUUCUGAACAUGGUGAACAACAUUAAAGUCAACGUGCUGGGAGGAGGACCAGGGGAAGGGAACUUCUCAAGCCAGGCAGUGAACAUGACUACCAGUAAAUCAUCUGACCCUGACACCACCUCCACCGUCAGCCCAGUGCCUGACACUGUAGAGGUGGAACAGUCUGAGGUACCAGAAGACCCUGAUGUCACUACCACAGAGGACCCCACACCAGAGCCCCCUACUCCAGACACCCCUGUCACAGAGGAACCCAAACUAGAGAAUCUAACUGGGGAGGAGCAGGUCGUGACUCCUAUAGAGAAAGAGGAGGUCCAGUCCAUAGUUACCAUGCUGGAGGAGGUAGAAGAAGAGGAGGAGAAGGAAGAGGAAGGGGGGGAUAGAGAGGUGCACCAUUGCCCUGGCCUCCGACAGCAAGAAAGCCUUGGCUACUGUGGCCUGUCUUCCUCCUCUUCUUGCUCCUGCUCAGCCUCCUUCCAGGAGUACCUCCUCCACCAGUGUUCCGUUCAGAGGAACUGCACCAGCCAGGAGAGGGAGCCAGAGGCACCCCCAGCCCCAGGAACCACCACCACCCCGUCACAGCAGCUCUCCAUUUCCCCCACGGCCACCCAUACCCCACAGCAGCCCCACACUCAGGGGGAACAGCCUCAGGAGAGAGAGCCCAGCUCUGCCCUGGGGGAGAGGAGAGCAAGUCCCACUGACGCCCCACCACACCUUCCAUGGGUUGAGACGGAGGCAGUGGGAGAGAGAGAGCCCAGCACGGAGCUGCCCCACCUGGAGCCCAGCCAGACCUCCACCCUGCCCAGCUCCACCGCCAGCUCUGCCACCAGGCCCACCCCUACCGUGGAGCCUCCACACCAGGCCUCCUCGAAAGACCUGCCCGGGCAGGAGCACCCCGCCACUGGGACAGAGAAGAGCCGGGAGGUGCAGCAGGAGGAGAACAGGCAGCCUUCUCCUACUGUCGCCACCUCCAGCCCCAUUGGUCCAGUAGAGCAGAGUUGUGGAGCCCCUGUAGAGGAGAGGCCCUGUCCGGAGGUCCAGCCUGCAAAACAAGACAACAUCCCAGUCAUCUACACCCAACAUGUGGCCGAUCCACUCCCCCAUUCCCUCGCCACUGUCUCCACCCCCACAGAGCAGCAGCAGCCUCCUGUCCCCACGGCUGAAAAAGAGAGUGCUGCUUGCAGUGGCAACACUACUCCUGAGGAGUCCCGCUCUGUCCCCGUCGUGGUUAUGACAGAACCCCCCUCGCAUGGCCAGGGCCAGGCUGUCGCCAUCGAAACCAAGGGGGAAGCAGAGCUUGUGGAAGACAUCCUCUUCACCUCGUCACCCAAUGGCAAUGUGCAGCAGCUGCCUCGCCCCUCCCCCCCCUCUCCCUCCCCCUCAGACUUCUACGCAGAGCUCCACAAACCCAUGGAACAGGGGAACGGGAACCCGAUGCACGGCUCCACCAGCCAGAAGGAGUCUGUGUUCAUGAGGCUCAACAACCGCAUCAAGGCCCUGGAGAUGAACAUGUCGCUGAGCGGACGCUACUUGGAGCAGCUCAGCCAGAGGUACCGAAGGCAGAUGGAAGAGAUGCAGAGGGCUUUCAACAAAACCAUCAUCAAACUGCAGAACACAUCCAGGGUAGCAGAGGAGCAGGACCAAAGACAGACGGAGUCCAUCCAGUCGUUGCAGGUCCAGCUGGAGGUUGUCACACAGCUGGUGCUCAACCUGUCUGUCGGAGUCAGCCAGCUGCAGAGCCAGGAGUCUGAAAGGCAGAGCUACCUCCUGCUGUGCCUGGUGUUGUGUUUGUUCCUGGGGUUGCUGCUGUGUGUCCAGCACUGUCGCAUGUCUGCCAUGGAGCCUCCCUCCACAGACCCAGAGCCUCCUAUACCCAAGAGCUACAGCUACUGCUGCCCAGAGAGGCGUUUCUCUGAAUAUGAAGACAUGAGCUUGAAGAGACUAGUGUCAUAUCCUCUCCUGCACUCAGGCUCCUUCCAGUUACCCACCACUGAAGGUCCAGAGUCACCGCAUACUGUUGAACCACUGAGUUUUCUACCAGCUAAUAAAAAGCAGAAGAAACGCAGUAAGAUGAAGGCUGUGGAAACCCUUAAAUGCACUACUCUCUGCGCUCCUCUGCCUGCUAACGGAGCACCCGUAUGUAAUGGCGGCGCUCCUCGUGGCACCACAGACCCUACACCCCGCAUGGGGCGUCUCAGCCACCACGCCUUCAUGGACCCCCCCUCUGAGUGCAGCUCAGAGAGCUCCUCCCAGUCAGACGAGCCCUCCUUAUGCGGCCUUGCCGCCACCACCUGCACGCGCCUCUGUGACGGCCUGCACCCACCCAGGAGCAGGGCAGAGAAGCGAGCGUUCAAGCAGCAUCGCUCCAAGCCUGGGUGCGUGGUGGUGGAUCUCCUGCAGGCCCCGCGGAGAGAUGCUACACCCACCAUCCCCACUCUGCAGGACCUCAUGGGAGGAGGAAAGGAGCUGUCUGCAGGGAUGCUGGGAGUGACGGCGCUCUGAGGUCCUGUUGAACCUAGACUAAACUCUCCUCCUGUCUGCUCCUCCUGAAAACAGACUCUGGAACACUCAUCCCCUGAAAGGAGAGAUGUUGUUAUCCCUGUAUAAACAGGAGGCUUUAAGCUAGGAAUCAGACAAUCCCCAAUCAGACAAUCCCUCUUCUUCCACCUCCCAACCAGUGUGUUAUGUUCUGUCCAUGUUCUCUGUUGACUAUUUGUCAGGCUUUGAUGUUUCUUUCUUGCUUUGACCAAUGAAAACAAUGUAUUUUC